AUGAGUGCAUCCGUCCCGAACGCGCAAACUCCCACGAUCGCCGCUUCCCAGAACGCUACCGCAGCGCCUGCUCCCUCCACAGGAUCAUCCGCCAACGUGGCCGCUGGAACGGCUCAACCCACUGCCCGCUCGUACGCCAACGCGACUAAGAAGGUCUCAUCUCCUCCGAUCGCGUCCAGUGCUACGCCGCCCGUGGCAGUGGGAGGACAGCAGAACCCGCAGCAUGGAAAGCGCGCUUCGGUUUCCCCGGUGAACGGAAAGACACCCAUCCAGCCUGCCGUACCCACCAUGGCUCCCACCAUCGUGAACAGCAGCAGCGCAAAUGGCACUCCCUCCCAAGGUGAUCACAGCCGCAAGUCUUCCGUCACCAUCUCCGCCGCUGGAACAAGUGGCUUCAUCCCCAACGGUGGCCCCGUUGCCAACAGGGCCCCCUCGGGCUUGAAAUUCGGCGCAAUGAGCGGCUCUCCUGCUCCCGCCCACGCAGCACCUGCUCAGGUUCCUCAGGACCAGCAAGGCGCGAUGCAGGUCCCGAACCCUCGCGUGGCCUCUCCUGCCCACUCGCCGACUCCUAUUCCCCAGUUCAGCGGUGGCAAGCCCAGCUCGACAGGACUGCCUGACCGUCCAGGCCUAUCGUUCGGUGGCGGUAGCGAGGGUGCUGAGCCAAAUGCUCGCACCCCUUCGCAGCCCAACGCCAACAAUUUGCCCCAAGCGCAACAUCUGCGCCGUCAGAGCUCGCAAUCUGCUCACUCGGAUUCCAUGGGCAACAACUUCAACAACAAUCGCCCCUACCAGCAGAACAGCGGACGCGGCCGUGGCAGUUUCGGUCCUAGCUACAACCCAAUGGGCCACUCUCCCCAGCCAUUCCGUCCUUCCCCACACCAGCCGCGAGGCAACCCAGCUUCUGGUUUCCAACCUCAAGUUCCUCCGCCAGGCUCGCCAUACCGCUCUCCCGCGAUGCCUCCGGCUCAGAUCCAUCAGCAACCACAGUUCGCCGGCCAAUACUAUCCUCCUCAUACCGGCUAUCAGCCACCGGUUCGUACACCUUCUCAUAUGCUCAACAAUUUCUCAUUUCCUCCUCAUCAAUUUUCUUCUUCUUCUUCUCCUUCUUCUCCUCCUCCUUCUUCUCUCGGGUUUGCGAAUCAGUCCCAGUUUGCGGACAACAUUUCCUUUCAGCAAUUGCCUGCGUCUCGAGUCGACUCUCCUGCAAGUGUGAGGGAGCCCACCUUCCAUCCAUCUGCCGGGCAGUCAGACUUCCUGAUUCCAUCUCAAUCUCCUAAUUUCUCUUUCAAUCAACAUUACAACUCCUAUCUAACAGUACUCAACGAGCAGGGCAUGUACGGUGCGCCGAACACGAUGGAUCCCUACCAGCAAUCGUUCUACCCUCACCAGCAGUACCCGAUGCCGAUGCAGGGCAUGCAGCAGAGCAUCUACGCCACGAGCCCCAGCCGCGGUCCCGCUUUCCCUCACAUGCCGCCUACGUACAUGGGAGGUUACCAGCAGCCCCAGCCUCAGAGCAUGUCUCGCACCCCGUCCAACAUGUCUGAGCGACCCACCUCUGCCGUUGCUCAGCCCUCGACUCCCUCCAUGCCUCACGUCUCUACUCACAAUCCCACUCCCAGCGUAGGAUCGAACAGCCCAGCACCAGCGUCGAGCUUCUCGCUUCCACCCAAGAAGGCCAGCAAGGCCAUCAUCAUCAAGAACCCCGAUGGCGAGGUCCUCAACUUCGAUAAGAAAUCUGCUUCCCCCGCUCCUCCCAAGUCUCCUGUCGUCGUCGCCACGCCAACCCCUCCGCCGCGAGUUCCCAGCGCCACCGGAUCUACUCACAGCCGCAGCGAGAGCACCAUAACCAAGACGGACGACGAGAAGAAGGCCGAGUUCCGACGCCAGGUAGCCGAGAAUCUCGCCCGUGAAGAGGCCGAGAAGAAGGCUGCUGAGGAGGCUGAGACCAAGGCGAAGGAGGAGGCCGAGAAGGCAGCUAAGGAGGCUGAAGAGAAGGCCGCCAAGGAGAAGGAGGAGGCAGAGGCCGCCGAGAAGGCCAAGGCCGAUGAGGAGCAGAAGAAGCUGGACGCAGAGGCAGCGAAGAAGAAGGAAGAGGAAGAGUUCGAGCGCAUGAUUGCCGAGAUGGAAGCCCAGGAGAAGGAAGAGGAGGAGAGGGAGCGGGCUUUCAAGGAGAAGAAGGCUGCCGAGAAGGCCGCCGAGGCCGGCAAGCUCGAGGAGCAGCGAAAGAAGGAGGACGAGCGCCUGAGGAAGCUCGAGGCAGAGGCCGAGGCUCGCGAGGCCGCAAAGGGAGGGCAGCAAGACGAGGAGGCUGCCAAACUCUUCGCUGGCCUCAAGAAGAACACCCAGUUCGGCCCUGGUGCUACUUUGGGAGCCACCGACAGCGGUGCCUCCACUCCCACCGAGUCUGCUGCUCCUACCCCUACCCAGCCAAAGAUCUCCGCUCCCAAGCCCAAGCCGGCCAACCUCAAGAUCGAUCCCAGCAAGGCUGUCGAGCCUGCUCAGCCAACUCCCGCCAUGCAGUCCCUCAAGUCGGCUCGCUUCCUCCAGGUCAGGAACGAGCUGAUCAACUACCCCGAGGGUAUCAAGUCUCCUAAUCCCGCGCUCAACCCCUCGCACAAGAGCAAGGGCCGCCAGUACGACAAGGACUUCUUGCUCCAAUUCCAGGAUGUCUUCAAGGAGAAGCCAUCUGUCGAUUGGGACAUGAAGCUCAAGGAGACCGUUGGCGACUCCACCGACUCCGCUCGUCCUCCCAAUUCCGCACGACCAGGCGGCAUGUCCAGCCGUCAAGCCUCGCACAAGGGUGUCGUUCCACCAUCAAUGGGCAACUUCGGUGCCAGCGGUGGCUUCAGGCCCUCUCUUCCCCCCAACACCACUUCCGAGGAGCGCUUCAAGAUGUCCAACAACCGCCCCAUGGUCAACCCUCUUGCGGCAGUCAUCGGUGGCCGCCCAGGUGGCUUCCCCGUUCCUCCCCAGAUGGUCCGCAAUGGCUCUUUCCAGAACGUGUCUGGCCGUGCUGGUAGCUCCGGCGGCCGUGGCUCUAGGCGAGGCAAGGAGGGAGGCAGCAAGACCUCCAAGAAGGAGGAGGCAGCUAUGCCUUUGACCGCCGGCAUGGACAUCAAGGCCCUCGAGAGGAGCCAGACUGGUUGGAAACCCACCGCACAGUCCGGCGCCCCCGCCCAGCCUACCACUGGCCACAUGGCUCCUGAUCUGGUGCAACGUAAGGUCAAGGCUGCUUUGAACAAGAUGACUCCCGAGAAGUUCGACAAGAUCUCCGACCAGAUUCUCGAGAUCUCCGCCCAGUCGAGGGAUGAGUCUGACGGACGCACUCUCCGACAGGUCAUUGCCUUGACGUUCGAGAAGGCCUGUGACGAGAGCCACUGGUCCAGCCUCUACGCCCGAUUCUGCCAGAAGAUGCUUGCCACCAUGCCUACUGACAUCCGUGACGAGACCAUCAAGGACAAGGCUGGCAACCCCGUUGUUGGUGGUGCACUCUUCAGGAAGUACCUCCUCAACCGCUGUCAAGAGGAGUUCGAGCGUGGUUGGGAGGUCAACCUGCCCACCAAGCCCGAGGAGGCUGCCCAGGAGGCUGCUCUUCUGUCUGACGAGUACUACAUCGCCGCCGCUGCCAAGCGUAAGGGUCUCGGUCUCAUCCAGUUCAUCGGUGAGCUUUACAAGCUCGGUAUGCUUACUCUCAGGAUUAUGCACGAGUGUGUGCUCAAGCUCCUCGACUUUGAGGGCGAGCCUGACGAGUCGGCUAUUGAGAGUUUGGUCAAACUUCUUCGUACUGUCGGUUUCACUAUGUCUCAGAAUGCCGAGUCGGGCAACAAGAUGAUUCAAGUCUACUUUGAGCGUAUCCACAAGAUCAUUGAGAUGCCUGGAUUGAACUCCCGUCUCAAGUUCUCUCUCAUGGAUUUGGACGAUCUCAGGAAAGCUGGCUGGAGGGAUUCCAAGGGCGACGCAAAGGGCCCCAAGACCAUUGCAGAGAUCCAUCAAGAAGCUGCUGCCGCUCAGCAAGCCAAGGAGAUGGAGCGACAGCGUUCCAACCAGCGUGGUGGUGCCCGUCCUCCCGUUGGACGCGGCGAUGCUCGAUCAUUCUCCGGAAACAUGCCACCACCUCAAGACUACCCCAGUGGUCGUGUGCAGAUGGACGACCUCCGCAAGCUCUCCAAGGGUGCGUCUGGACGUAACAUCAACAGCUCCAGCUCUUUCGGUCCUUCCAUGCUCGGUAGCCGAAGCAGCAGUGGCCGUCGUGGCCUCGGUCCAGGUGGUAUGAUCGGUCGCGGAGAUGAGUCUGGUGGUUCAUCCCGCACCGCCACUCCAGUUCAGAAAGAGAAGGAGUCUACUACGCACAUGAACUCUUUCAGUGCGCUUGCCGCUCUAGAGAACAGCGAAGGCGCGGGCGAAGUUGGCUCUCCACCUUCAACGGCUUCAUCGCCACCGGUGCAGAAGUCGGCUCCCGCACCGGCCGAGUCCAAGGAAUAG